GGAUCAAUAUUCGCCUUUUCGCUUGAGAGCCGUCCAAGAAGCACUCGCAGGAAAAUUCGAUCAGGCAAACAGAGUGCGUCACAGUUUUGGGAAAUGCAAUCGGACUUUCUGCAGCAUUAGCCAAGUUGCCAAAGUGUUUCCGGUUUUGGUGACGACAAGCCGCAGCCGAAGAUGGAGGAGGUGCAGUGAUUCCAGUGCUUCUGGGUGAAGUUCUCUGCCUUGUUCGUGGAGGAACAGAGACUUUCCCUCCCGUGUGAAGGCGAAAAUCCGCCACUGCAGGUGUAUUGACGGCCGUUCUGCUGCAAUUUGCAGGGUGAAAAGUGCACAAAUUCGUGAUUUUGCAGUUCUUGCCAGAGGAAAUACACACAAAUUUUCUUUCUGCCAAAGGUAUUUUGCCAAUUUCACCACACAUUCAAGUGACAUUUUUUCCCCAAGUGUGCGAAAGAAGAAAGGAAGAAGCAUACAGCAAAAGUGCAGAGGAAAAAUGCGUGAUUAGACGAAUUAUGAAAAAAAUGUCACCUGGCAAGGACGAAAAGUGGAAAAUUUCUCCGUCCUUGCAAUUGAGAGGGCAUUUGAGGAAAAUCACGUAAUACAAACAGCUGAUUACGAUGGGGAAUUUAGUGGAAAAAAACCAGUGAAAAAGGGCCAAAAAUCCCUCCCGACUUUUGGCGAAAAUGCGCCACGAGAGAGAAAAUCCGCAUGUAAAUUAGAAGAGACGCCGUCUGUUAAUUUUAGUUUCAAUUUUUUACGACCUCUCUUGCGGCUCUCUCAACUCUGCCAAUGCUUUUUGGGAGUGUAUUUAUAGACAUCCACUUAUAGGAAAUUAAAAUGAGAGUCUGUAGUUGCUCUUGUGCUGGAGAUGGGACUUCGGCUUGUGAUAUGGACCACGUUACUUUUAGCUUUCUUUGGACCAUUUUGGUUUUGGAUCCCACACGUGAAUGCUGAAUGCCAAACACGCUCAAUUUACUGCUACGAGUGCGACUCCUGGACUGACCCGCGAUGCAGAGAUCCCUUCAACUACACCGCGCUGCCACGUGACCAGCCGCCCUUGAUGACAUGCAACGGCUGCUGCGUGAAAAUGGUUAGACACUCCAAAACCCCGUACGAAGUGGUUCGGCGGAUGUGCACGUCUCAACUGCAGAUAAAUCUCUUUAUGGUGGAUCAUGUGUGUAUGAUGGAAAAAUCAGGCAAUGGACAUAUGUGUUUUUGCGAGGAAGAUAUGUGUAACACAUCCACUUCACUUUUCUACCCGUCUAACAAUUUACUCACAUCUCUACUGUUGAGUUUCUUACUCACGAAACUUUUUAGUUGGUAAAAGAAAAUACAACCAAAAAAAUACUGCAGCCAAAAUCAACAUAGAAAAAUUUUACACAAGAGAAAAACUACAGCAAUAAAGGCUAAUCUUUUUUGAAAGAUAGGAACAAGAAACAACAGAAGCCUUAAUUACAUGAAUUUACAUAAUUUACAGAGUAUAUUGUUUUGUUCAGUUAAGAUCAUUUAAGUUUAGGGAUAAAUGAAGGUUUUCUUUUAACUGUUAAAAGUGAAAUAAUUUCAGUAUUUUCCUACGUUCUUCUUCCUUUUUCUUUUGUUAUUGAGAAAGUAUAAUUGCAUGAACGACUUAAAUGCCUUUCGGUUGUUAUCUUCUUAUCUUUAUGUCUUUAAUUCAAGUAAAUUUCGUAACUUUCUUACAACUUAUAUUUCCUCUGUAAGUAUAUUUAAUUGUUUCUGUAAGUGCUUGGUUAUCUUCCAAUUUUAUUUCUUUUAGGGAAUCUGUUCACGAAAUUUCCGUAUCUUUUCCUCACAAAACAGAAAAGAGAAACACACUUGUACACUUACACUUUACACACACUGGAAAUACAUUAUAUAGAAGCUUCUUUUAUAUUUCAACUCGUUUAUCAUUUUAUAACUAAUCAGCUUUUGCCUUUCAUUCUUGACAUCUUCUUUAUUCAUCCUCUCAAGUUCGCCCAUAUAAAGAACAUCCAUAUCUAUAAUAUCAUUUUUACAAAACAUAUUUUUCAUUUUAAACUUAAUACACAAUCGCUAUGGCAAUAAAACGAAGCGUAAAAACUGCGAUUGCACUUUUCGAAUAACUCUCUCUCUUCCUCUUUAAAUAAAACAUUCAAUAACAAUUUGAUAAACAAAUAGUACACAUAAUUUUCUCGCAGAUUGUAAAGCAAUUUCCAAAAAGCAACAACUGGAACCCGUAGAUUCAUUCUCUACUUUUCCCUCCUGCUAUAUUUCACCCUACAGCACAGAGACGUCAAAACGCUGUCACUUUGACAAAUUUUUCACAGUGAAAUGUAUUUGAAAGUGUCGAUUUUACAACUGCCGAGUAACUGAAAUUUCCCUUUUUGUGUAUAAACCUAGAAAAUUCCCAUUGCAAUUUUGUCGCACUAACAAAAUUAACCGAGAGUGAUGGAGAAAUGAGAAUGAACCUGUUCCAUAAAGCCCCAAAGAAUCUGGAAUGCUUUCCACAUAUGACGCCACGGCUAUGAAAUUUUUUUCAUGAUACACUUUUGAUAAUUUCCAACUACCGCUGAAAUUCACUUAUCAGUUGGCUCUCCAAGCGGUUUAUUGCUUAUAUUUCUUUAUCAUUAGAAAAUAUAUAAAUAUUAGACAAUUAAGGAAAGAUAUUAUUAAAUAAAAUGAAAAUACACAAUGCUAGGAAUUCUACAUAUGAAUGAAUUAUUUCAUUGAAUGAUUGUAUAGUUCAGUUUCUUUUCUUCCAUUUAUUGGAAUGAAGGAGAUUAAAUAUAUAUAUUGUUGAAUUA